AUGCUUUCUCUUACCCGGGACGAAAUGACCGAUUUGGCCGACAACAUCUACACCAUCUUCACCCUCGCCAAGCUCGAGGAGUUGUCCGUCCGCCAGCUCGGCCGCUACCUGAAGAACCAGGACUUCCGAGACUUCUACUACCACGUUGUCGGAGUAGAGAAGGGAAGCCGCCAUGACGGCCGACCCGAGUCCAUCCAACCUUGGCUUGACCAGGCUUCUAUGAAGCUCAUUAAGAAGAAGUCCGCGGGCGAACUCAAGGCACUUGAAGGCCUUAUCAUCUUCUGA